UUUUUAUUUCCUUCUUUUCCUUCAAAUUGUAUUACAUUUGCUCUCGCACAUACUUUUUGUUUUCUCCAAUCCAACCCCCUUUUUUAUUAUUUUCCAUUCUUUUAAUUGAAGCAAUAAAAUGGGCAGUCGCAGUGCCAGCGCCGGCUAUGACCGUCAAAUUACCAUUUUCUCGCCCGAGGGCCGCCUGUUCCAAGUCGAGUACGCGUUCAAGGCCAUUUCGAACGCCGGCCUGACUUCGGUUGGAGUCCGCGGUAAGGACAGCGCCGUCAUCGUGACACAGAAGAAGGUUCCUGACAAGCUCAUUGAUGCCAGCACAGUGACGCACAUAUUCCAAAUCUCGCCCUCAAUUGGCUGCGUGAUGACCGGACUCGAGCCCGACGGUCGCAACCAGGUGAUGCGCGCACGGCAGGAGGCGGCCGAUUUCAAAUACAAGCACGGGUACAGCAUCACGCCGGAUCUCCUGGCCAAGCGCAUGGCCAAUAUUAACCAGGUGUACACACAAAAGGCAUUUAUGCGGCCCUUGGGUGUGUCGAUGAUCCUCAUUGGUUGGGAUGAGGAGCGUGGUCCUCAGCUUUACAAGACCGACCCUGCUGGUUAUUUCGCCGGCUACCGGGCAACUGCUGCUGGAGCUAAACACCAGGAGGCAUUUAAUUAUUUGGAGAAGAAGCUCAAGGCUGAUGUGCACCCGUGUGCUGAUGAUACUCUGGAGCUCGCCGUUGCUACAAUGUCGUCGGUUUUGUCGGCCAGCUUUAAGGCACAGGAUCUGGAGAUUGCUGUUGUGACCAAGGAGAACCCAGUGUUCCGCAUGCUGACUGUCGAGGAGAUUGAUGCCGAGCUAUCGCGCAUUGCCGAAAAGGACUAAGCGCUGUUUAUUGAGUGCUUGGUAGCUUUUUUCUCAUAUAUUUUAUAAAUUGCAACCCUUUAUUCUUUAUUUGGUAUGUUUGUCAUACUGUACAACCGCAUGGCCAAAACAUUGGCGGCUUUAGCUAAUGGUGGUUAUCUUGCUCAUGUGUGGGUUUCAAUAAUAAUAUUAUUAUUGGGGAGCUUGGCGGAUAGCGUAUCCAGUGGUCACAAAGCUACGCUUGUGCGCAACAACUGGCCUGCACAAGAGCCGCAGCAUGUCUAUG